AUGUCUACCCCUGUCAUACGCAUCGGGAUCCUGGGUGCCACCCACGCCGCCGAAUCCAUCUAUCUGCCAAUAUUAGCCUCUCUCCAUACACACUACCAUCUCACCAUCCUCCACACCACCAGUGACGAUGUCGCAACCGACAGCCAGAAGCAAUUCGGCCUCGCCAACACCACCACAGUCGCCGACGAGAUCAUCAACCACCCUGACGUCGACCUAGUCAUCAACCUCCUCCCCUUCGACCAACAUGAGCAAUAUACCCUGGCCGCGUUGGAAGCCGGCAAGCACGUCAUGGUGGAAGUCCCACUCAGCCUGAGCAUCCACGGCCUUCGUCGAAUCCGCGAUGCACGAAAGAAGGGCAUGGCCGCGCGAUCGCAUCGACCGCACAACACCGGCCCCAAGGUCUUCGUCGGCUGCGCGCGUCGCUACGCACCCUGCUUCACAGACAUAUUCAAGAAAGAGCUCGCCAGCCUGGGGCGCGUGUACUACGCACGCUGCCGCAACAUUGCAGGCCCGUUGACCAGGCCCGCAGUUCAGAAGAAUAAUGACAGCGGCAUCGGAUACACCCGUGGAGCCAAUGUGGGGAACGGCACAAACGGCAGCAUCGCCCGUCCACAGCGCCACGCCCUGCUUGCCGAGAUCUUCGGCUCAGACGAAGACCUCACUUGCGAUCGCGAGGCCUUUUGUCGAUUCCUCGGCACGCUGGGCUGCCAUGAUUUCUCGCUGAUGCGUGAAUCACUCGGCUUUCCCGGCGCAGUCUCCAACGUGUCUAUCAUCGAGCCUUUUUACUCUGCCAUGUUCCACUACACUGACGACUUUGGCACUCGUGACGGGCACCCUUUCACACUAGUGUACGAGGCGGGCAUUGACGCUGUUCCCCGCUGCGACGCGCAUUUGACGGUCUAUGGCGCGAAAAAGACGCUCAGUGUAGAGUAUGACUUAUCCUGCCUUAGUGAGGCCGAGAAGGAUGUUGCGGUGCGCGUUGUUGUUGAGGAGGCCAACGUUGAGACUGGGGAUGUGGACGUUGAGAUGCUGAGCAGCGGCAGCGAAACGAUCAAUGGCAGUGCCAACGGCGAUGGCAACGGUGACAGCGCCGCGAACAGAAACGGUCCCCUCCGCCCUCGAGUUAAAAGAACUGAGUUUGUGAGUACUGCCAGAGAAACAUUCGAGCAGGAGUUCUUGGCGAUGCACGCGUACCUUGUCGGCGACCGCGGUGAUAGCCAAGUUGAGGCGAAAACUACUGCGGAGGAUGCUCUGGAUGAUCUUAAGCUCAUGCAUAUGAUCUUCGAGCACUAUGAUCGGCAGUGCGGGACGAUCCGGACGCCGCUUGGUUAA